AUGAAUGAGCGAAUUGGUAGUGGUAUUGUAUACGAAAGAAUGAAUCGUAUACGGCUCGAAGACGUAUGGUUUUUGUAUCAAUUUUCGCAAAUAGCGUUUUUUUUCCAUAAAGUGGAUAUUGUGAAGUUGCCCAAAGUGCUGUAUCAUCUAGAAAUAUUGAAUUUUAUUGGAAAAUAUUAUGAUCAGCUCAGUGUCAAGUUUACCCAAUUCUGGUCUAAGCACAAAGAGGUGCGUUGUUGUGGAGAAAAUUGUUCAAAGGCAUUCGUAACAGAUGGCUUCCAAAAACCCUGUCGAUUCAUCUGUUCAAAUGUCACCAAAGCUGAGUUAUGUGAAGAAAUGGGUCCAGUUACGUUGGGUUGCGGAAAUCGACCUAAAUCUAGCAAUAAACGAACGGCGGUUGAGACGGAUAAUCCAUCAUUUGAUGAUGAUGAUGAAGUCGUUGAAGAGGAUGGUGAUUUUGGAAUGUGUGCUGCUUGUGUUUGUGCUGACAGAGGUACCCCGGUUGAAGAACCUUUUGAAACAGAUGAAUGUAACGUAGAGCGAAAGCCGAGGUUUCGUAACAGCAAGGUGACCUCAUAUGGUGUUGUUCACACUGAAUACAACUGCGGUAUUGUGGUUGAUUUCCUAGAAAUAAAUUUAUCCGAGCAAGUAUUUGUUAUCAUAU